CGGCCCGCGGCCCCGGUACCGGCACCGGCACCGGCACCGGCACCGGCACCAUGCACUCGGACGAUGUUGUCUGGGACAUGCUGGGGAACAGACAGUUCUGCUCCUACAAGAUGACGACAAAGACGCAGAACUUCUGCCGCAAUGAGUACAACCUGACAGGCCUCUGCAACCGCUCCUCCUGCCCGCUGGCCAACAGCCAGUACGCCACCGUCCGGGAGGAGAAAGGCCGCUGUUACCUGUACAUGAAGGCCAUCGAGCGAGCGCCCUUCCCCCGCCGCCUCUGGGAGCGGGUGCUGCUGAGCAAGAACUACGAGAAGGCUCUGGAGGAGAUCGACGAGAACCUCAUCUACUGGCCGCGCUUCCUGCGGCACAAGUGCAAGCAGCGCUUCACCAAGAUCACGCAGUACCUGAUCCGCAUCCGCAAGCUGACGCUCAAGAGGCAGAGGAAGCUCGUUCCUCUGCGCAGGAAGAUCGAGAGGCGAGAGAAGAGAAGAGAGGAGAAGGCCCUGAUUGCUGCCCAGCUGGAUAAUGCCAUUGAGAAGGAACUGCUGGAAAGACUAAAGCAGGAUACAUAUGGAGACAUUUACAACUUCCCCAUCCACGCCUUUGACAAGGCUCUGCAGCAGCAGGAUGCCGCGAGCGAGAGCGAGUCUGAUGCAGAGAGGGAAGAUGAAGAUGAUGAGGACACAGACAAAAGAGAGUUUGUGGAAGCAGAUGAGAGUGACCUCAGCGACUUUGAGGACAUGGACAAACUGGAGACAAGUACUGAAGAGGAGCAGGAAGAGGAGGAAGAAGUAGAGACAAAAGCCUCUCACUCCAAAUCGAAAGGGAAGACUCCCCUGAAGGGCCCAGCCCGGAGGAAACGUGCCCACAUUGAGCUGGAGUAUGAAGAGGAGACAGAGCCAGCCAGCAAAACCAAAGCAGCCUGAUGCCUCCUGGGCCCCACUCUGCACUGAGGGACAGGACUGCAGCUGCCACCAGGACUCCUUCCAGCUCUGCAGGACCCUCACUAACUCCUCCUUUGCCCUCACUCUUGAUGACCUUCUUUAAAAAAAGAACAUUUCUGUCUUGG